AUGGGCAUGCCCGACGAACAGAUCAAGCUCAAGAUGAAAGCCGAAGAGAUCGAUCCCGACCUGCUUGAUCAUCCGGAUGAAGUGUCGCCGAAUGAUCCGGGUCCACCUGCAGUAGCUCCAACAGGACCGCUCUCGAUGGAGCAGCUCUUUAGCAUUCUCAUGCAGCAGCAGCAGAUGAUUCACCAAGUGUCAACCGGUGCAGGGUUAACAAAUGGGGCACGUGAUCAUGGCCAUAGCAAUGGUGCAGUGUCAACUACCACGCCACCACAAUCAGUAGAAGACCAAAUGGCUCAAGAGCUGGCUGCUGCGGAACACGUCAUCGACGACAUCUUUGGGGACGAAGCUCAGCAGUCAAAGGGUCCUGGUGGCAUGACAAUGGUCGAGCAGCUGGAGAAAAAGGCUCGAAAGGAGAGCAACAAGAAGCUGGUGGAAAAUCGAGAGCAUGUGAAUCACUUGGUGGCGCAAGUGUUGACGACAAAGCUGUCGACCGAUGAGGACGCGAUUGCGUUCUACCAAAUGAUUGCCCCAAAGCUAGAAGAGUACGGUUUAGCACUUGGGACGGACUCGGUUCAGACGUGGUCAUCGCGUCUGCUUGUGAAGAACAAGGAGACACGAGACUGGUACUUCUCGGAGCAAGAACGACUGGAUGCUGGUAAGGCGUACGGCCGACUGUGGGGACUUUCGUUCCUCGAACGCAAUGCAGGCCAAUUGAUUGCAAAGUGUAGGCAAGUUGUCAAUGCUCCUGCAAUUAUGCGCACGAUGGCCAAGGGCAAACCGGAAUCGAUUGACAAGUUUACGCAGAUACUGAAGGAUACGGUCAAGCUCAAGCACAAAGUGUUCCAAAGCAGUUUGUAUGCAGUGGAAGUGCGAUUACUGCAACAAUAUGAGAUUCCUGAGCGUUUAAGAGAGCGCGGCGAGGAGCUCAUUGAUUCUACAACAACACUAGCAGAUGCCUCGAUGGACUUGGCAGAGGACGAGUUUUGUGCUUUGGAAAAAACAAACCGGGCCAAAAGAGUUCGAGCACUGACGGUAGCGCAUGUUGCUGAAAAGGUGAUCACGUUAGUUGGGAUUGUCAAGAAGAUUGGUGCCAGUGGGGUGAAUGAGCUGCGUUUGCGCGAGGUGGAAGAGAAUUUGGCGAAGGUCAAGGAGGUGUACAUGACAGGCGAACAGGAAGAAGAAGAAGAGGAUGAUGUCCUUUGA